AUGUGCUCUCGUGUUGGCGUUAAUUAUUUUCACCACCAAAAUUUCCCCGCGCGAGCUUCCGGAGGGGCAACAAUGGCUUUCCGCAAACGCAAUGUCGCUGUUUCUCGAUCAAGAGAAGAUGAAAAAUGCCUUGCUUUGCCCAUCGCCUCACCAGAGCAGACACGGCCAGGCACCCGUCCUUCGCCGAUAGAUGGCCGGCCUACCACUUCCACUGGAACUCCCUCGCUGGAUAACAUUUUAGCUGGACAUGCAGGACUACCCCUCGGAAAUUCAAUCUUAAUCGGAGAAAGUGGGACUACUGAUUAUGCAGGCGCCCUGCUGAGGUUCUACGCCGCAGAGGGCAUUGUCCAAGGCCAUCAGGUGCAUGUGGUGGGCAUGGGCGAGGCAUGGGGAAGAGAAUUACCGGGACUCGCUGUAAGCAAGGACGAUGAGCGUAAAGAAAAGCGUGAGAAGAUGAAGAUUGCUUGGAGAUAUGAGGGUUUGGGGCAAUUUGAGAACGCGAGAGGUCCGGGAUUGCCGACAAGUGCCAGAGGUUCACCUCAGGCAGAAAUUGACAACCCAGAGGAACCAGCAGUCUUCUGUCAUACAUUUGAUCUCGCGAGGCGGCUCGCACUUCCUGCUGGCACUACCAUAAACUAUAUUUCUAUUCCUCGAAAUAGUCAGACCUCGCUAUUCACACCAGUGCUCCGAAACAUACAGCACCAACUAGCAUCGUCUCAACCAUCUACCAUCCAUCGCCUCGUCAUCCCGUCCAUACUCUCGCCAACACUAUAUCCUCCAGAGGCUUCACAUCCUAGCUCGGUGCUCCAAUUUUUACAUGCUCUGCGCGCUCUGCUCCGCCAACAUUCCUCUCGCUUGACGGCUCUAAUUACAAUCCCUUUGUCUCUCUACCCACGGUCUGUUGGCCUGGUUCGGUGGAUGGAGAUAAUAUCAGAUGGUGUCCUGGAGCUUUCGCCAUUUCCAUACGAUCCCACUCAGCCACUAUCGGUUUCCGGCGCUGCUACGCAAGGGGAAGAGAAGCCACAGGGUCUGCUGGUAGUGCAUAAGCUGCCCGUGUUUCAUGAAAAAGGUGGUGGUGGAGGAGCACAUGGACUAGGCGAGGACUUCUCCUUUACUGUGUCAAGGAGGAAGUUCGUGAUUUCGAAAUUUAGUCUCCCGCCUGUCGAAGGAGACAGAAAGGCCCAAGAAGCAGCCGCCACAGAGACGCACGGCGGGGGAAUGCCGAGCAAAGCAGAGCUAGACAUGUCUUCCAUCUCAAUUUGUUCCCAUCCGGCUUGCCCAACGCCCGAGCCGAUUAUUCCCGAGACGCGCGCGCGGAACCGGUCGCCGAGACAGGAUGACAAGGCCAAAAAUACUAUAAACAAGAGGAAGGGGAAGCCAAACAGCAGGCUAAGAAGAACGACGACGUUCAUCAUUGCAUACAGAAUGGUGAAUAUCAAGCGCCAAGAGGAUUACAGGCUCUUCAAACCUUCCACGCUGCAACGCCCUCACCAUGGUUGCAUCUCUACGACAGGACCCGCCAUGGUUCCGAUAGUCGAGCCGUUUCCCAUAUCCUACAUUGCCGGUCGGUACCUGCUCUUCGACGUAGAUGCUGUCAGCCAUGCCCGCCGCGAGCACAAUAUCUGCGGUGUCCUGAUCGGCACCAUCCCCAAUCUCUCACAGCAGAAUGUCUUCCUCGGCAUCCCUCUUGAGCUGAUGCCUGAAGAGGCACGUGUACUGGUAGAACAGGGACAUGCAUACAUCGUUGAUGAUGUCGAGGCUCACCGCUCAGGUUUCUUGAACAUGAGCCGGGAAGAUAGACUCGCACUUUUGCAAGUCAUGGACGAGAAGGGUAUCGAGCUGGCCAUCAGUGCGAAACAAAAGGCCGAGGCCAGGUCUGAAAAGGCUUUGAAGGACAGAGGGUUGGAUCGAAUCGCUCAAGCGAAUAGCCAACAUCGCAAGUCUCCUACGCCUGAACGAGCUGGAGGAGAUGCGACCAAAAUUGAGGCCUACUUCCUUACUCCUACAACAUCACACUCUCCACCGCUAAACCAAUCCGUGCAUCAAUCUUUGCCGCUACCUGAAGUUCCUCGGUCCUACCCUUUGUUCAGAUAUCUGCAUUCAAAAGGCUUUUUCUCGACGCCUGGCUUGCGUUUCGGCUGUCAUUACACGGUAUAUCCAGGCGACCCUCUUCGGUUCCACAGCCACUUUCUUGUCACUGGCCUAGACUGGGAAGAAGAAUUCGAUCUGCUGGACAUUGUCGGAGGCGGCAGGCUGGGCACGGGUGUAAAGAAGGCUUAUCUAAUUGGAGGGGAGGAACCUUCACAUCUGACUUCGGGAACGAAGGACGGCUCAGUCCGGGCCUUUUCAAUCGAGUGGGCAGGACUGUAGCCAAUUAUGAUAUGGACAUUGUUACUUUUGCCCUUCCAGUAUUCUUCCUGAGAACAAGGAGACGAUAAUACUACCAAAAGGCUCACAGUAUAUGAAGCAUCUGCUGGACUUAAUUGGGUCGAUGGCUUCUCCAACGUGCACCGGAGUACAUCAGAGGAAGACGAGAGCGAAGGGUAGUAGACAAUGAGGGUCGAGAGUAGAAGUGGAAGAUGAACCCCCCUGUUAGCAAAUACAUAAUCCAUGGCAUACAAGGCCUCCAUAUCUUUUGUCUAUUAUCC